AUGGUGUACUGUGGCAAGCCUUCCAAGGGCUGUUCCAGCUGCCGCGAACGAAAGAUCAGGUGUGACCAAAAGGAGCCCGGCUGCGGCCAGUGUGAGAAGCGCCAGCAAGAAUGUCCCGGCUAUCGAAACAUCGUCGACCUGAUGUUCCGGGACGAGAGCUCCCAUGUCAUCAAGAAAGCCGCCAAAACAAAAGCCCGAGGCCGCUUGAAGAACCCGCAGGCUUCCAGUACAGCCCCGGGCGCCGAGCUGUCUGAAAAGGCACCAGCCGGCACCAGCACCGACCCUAAUAGCUCCGAUCCGAGCCCCAGACCAGCCGUCAAACCUGGUGCGCGUCGCCACUAUCCACCUCGCCCUCUGGCCGUGGUGACUCGGAACGUUACCUUUAGGCACCGACCACGCCAGGCUCGAUGGGCCUCCUCUUCCUCCGAAAGCGACGGUGACGACGACAGCCUGUUGCCCUCCCCCGAGGAGGAGACCUGGCCAACGACGCAGCAAGCAACGCUCUUAUAUUCGUUGUCACCAUCAUAUCAAGAACGCGGCACGGCCUUCUUCUUCUCCCGCUAUGUCUCCGUCGACGAGAACGCCUGCCACCAGAACUUCGACUUCAUCUUCGACGUCUGGCGUCCGGCCAGCAUACUGCCUGAGCGACAGGUAGAUGGGGUAUUGGCGAGCAUGACGGCUGUCGGGUUGGCCGGCCUGUCCCAUCUCACCAUGUGCCCCAAGAUGAUGGAUUGGUCGCGCAGGAGCUACGGCACCGCUUUACAAAUGACCAACGAUGCUUUGAGGAACCCUGCCGAGGCGGUCAAGGACACAACCAUGAUGUCCAUCCUCAUCUUAGGCACGUACGAGAUGCUCAGUGGCCGCAGCAACCAGACGGUUAGGGCAUGGCAAAACCACAUCAACGGCGCAUCUGCCCUGGCAAAGAUGCGCGGCCUCAAGCAGUUCAUGACAAGAGCGGGAGCUCGCAUGUUUGUGAUGCUCACGCAGAUCGUCCUCAUCAACUGCAUGCAGAAAGACAUGCCCAUGCCGCAGCCCCUGAUCGAGCUACGGAACCAGCUGGGUAUGUUGUCGGGUGGGAUGGAUCCCAACUGGCGACUGUCGGGCCCGAUAUACAAGGUCAUGCAGUUGCGAUACGACAUCAACAGCGGACUACUCAGCCAGCCGGCUGAUGUUAUAGAGCAGCUGACAAAGGUCGACCAAGAAUUUGCCGACGUCAUUGCCGAGCUUCCAGAGUACUGGAAGUACCGACCCGUGAGGCUUUCGACACCCCACCCAGCCGUUUUCGAUGGUCACCGUUGCGACGUGUAUCCGACUCUGGGUCUGGCCUCAACGUGGAACGGCGUCCGAUCCAUCAGAAUGAUGGUGCACGAGACCUUAAUCGGGGAGAUCAUCAAGUGCUUCCCCGACCGCCACAUAAUGGACUGGCCGUAUGAAGCGAAAUUGCAGCUGGCAAAAUCCGUCGAGUUGUUGGAGAGAUUACGAGACACAGUGAUAGCGAGUGUUCCUCAGCAUUUUGGCCUUGUCAACUUCAGAGACGCCAUGUCGGAAAGCGGCGCUUCGGCAACAGCUGUCAUCACGCCGAAGAAGGCGCCGGUCCGUAUCGUGUCAUCUCCGGCAACGUUCGCAUCGUCUCCUUCGCCCUCGUCUGCAGACGGCUCGACACGACGCCCGGUUGUUUUCAACGGUCCGACCUUGCACGAUCCGGCCCAUAUGAAAGGUCGCAGCGACAAUGCCGAGCGCUUCAUGACACUCGCUUCUGCAAGCAACACCAUUGUAUGGCCGUUGUACUUGGUUGGCGUAUCGUCGUGCGGCACGGAGGAGGUCAAGAAGUAUGUCGUCGAACGGUUGCAAGCAAUCCUCGAGGAGUCGGGAUUGCUGCAAGCACGCGGGGUAGCACUCAUGGUGCGGGACAAGGAGGUGUGCGUCCCGUGGUCCGAUGUGUACUGGGAUCGAAUGCCACAGACGCAAAUCCCACUCGACUUGCUUUUAUGA